GUGGAGGGGAGGGAGGGGGCCCAAGGUCUUUCUCGCAUCCGGCUUCACCUAUUCCCUUCGUGCCACAAGCCUCCAAGUAUUAGGUUUUCAUACACUGCGUACAGUACGGUUUGAAAUGUGACUCAAAAUAAGCACUGGUGGAAUACUAUUCUGUGGCAGCUGAAGGACUUGUGUUUACACCUUUUUGAAAGGGAGAGGAAAGGCAGACCACCUUUGCCAUGCCAGUGGAUUUGUUUGCGAUUUUAUGCGUGAUUUCUACGGUUUACGCAGUGGAAGAGACAGUGAUGGACACGCGGACGGCCACAGCAGAGCUGGGUUGGAUAGCGUAUCCUGCCUCUGGGUGGGAGGAGGUGAGUGGUUACGAUGAGAACCUCAACACCAUCAGGACCUACCAGGUGUGUAACGUGUUCGAGCCCAGCCAGAACAACUGGCUCCUUACCACCUUCAUCGACAGACGAGGGGCUCAGCGUGUCUAUGUGGAGAUGCGUUUCACUGUCCGUGACUGCAGCUCCAUCCCCAGUGUCCCCGGCUCCUGUAAGGAGACCUUCAACCUCUACUACUACGAGACGGACUCGGUCAUCGCCACCACCAAGGGAACCGCCUUCUGGAUGGAAGCCCCUUACCUGAAGGUGGACACCAUUGCGGCUGACGAGAGCUUCUCCCAGGUGGACUUCGGUGGACGAUUGAUGAAGGUCAACACGGAGGUGCGGAGCUUCGGCCCGCUGUCUCAUAAUGGUUUCUACCUGGCCUUCCAGGACUACGGGGCCUGCAUGUCUCUGCUGUCCGUACGUGUCUUCCAUAAGAAGUGCCCCAGCGUGGUGCAAAACUUUGCCAACUUCCCCGAGACCAUGACGGGUGCCGAGAGCACCUCCUUGGUCAUUGCCAGAGGCACGUGCAUCACUAACUCAGAGGAAGUGGAUUUUCCCAUCAAGCUGUACUGCAACGGAGAUGGAGAGUGGAUGGUUCCCAUCGGGAGCUGCACCUGCAAGGCUGGCUUUGAGCCAGACAACGGCAACGUCUGUAGAGCGUGUCCCCAGGGGACGUUCAAGUCCACCCAGGGGCCAGGGCUGUGUCUGCAGUGCCCCCCCAACAGCCGCUCCACUGUGGAGGCUGCCACUAUCUGCGUCUGCCGUAACGGAUACUACAGAGGAGACAUGGACCUGCCCGAGGCCUCCUGCACCAGUGUCCCCUCUGGUCCCAGAAACGUCAUCUCCAUCGUCAACGAGACCUCGGUGAUCCUGGAGUGGCAUCCUCCAAGGGAGACUGGCGCCCGUGAUGACGUCACCUACAACAUCGUGUGCAGGAAGUGCCGUGCAGACCGGCCAUCGUGCUCCCAUUGUGAUGACAACGUGGAGUAUGUACCCAGGCAGCAGGGUUUGACCGAGACCAGGGUGUUCAUCAGUAACCUGUGGGCCCACACCCCCUACACCUUCGAGAUACACGCUUUCAAUGGAGUCACCAACAAGAGUCCCUACCCUGCUCAGCACGUGUCCAUCAACAUCACCACUAACCAGGCUGCUCCCUCCAUGGUUCCCAUCAUGCACCAGGUUAGCUCCACCAUGAAGAGCUUCACGUUGUCAUGGCCACAGCCGGAGCAGCCCAAUGGAAUCAUCCUGGACUAUGAACUGAGGUACUACGAGAAGGACCACACUGAGUUGAAUUCGACCAUGGUGCGCAGCCAGACCAACACUGCCCGUGUGGAGGGCCUGAGGCCAGGCAUCAUGUACAUGGUACAGGUCCGUGCCAGGACGGUGGCAGGCUUCGGCAAAUACAGCAGCAAGCAGUUCUUCCAAACCCUGACAGAUGAUGAGUAUAAAUCAGAGCUAAGGGAGCAGCUGCCUCUGAUUGCAGGCUCAGCGGCUGCAGGAGUGGUCUUCCUGGUGUCCUUGGUGGCCAUCUCCAUCGUCUGCAGCAGGAAGAGAGCGUACAUGAAGGAAACUAUAUACAGCGACAAACUUCAGCACUGCAGUACAGGCAGAGAACUCUCUCUGAGACCGGACAUGUCCAGCUGUCCCUCCCCCAUGGCAUGCCCCACCCACUUCUCUGGCUCGCCAGCGAUGAAGAUCUACAUCGAUCCCUUCACCUACGAGGACCCCAACGAAGCCGUCCGAGAAUUUGCCAAAGAGAUAGACGUAUCCUGUGUGAAGAUUGAGGAGGUCAUUGGUGCAGGCGAGUUUGGAGAGGUGUAUAAGGGUCGCCUGAAGCCGUCUGGGAAGAGGGAGCUGUACGUGGCCAUUAAGACCCUGAAGGCGGGCUACGUGGAGAAGCAGAGAAGAGACUUCUUGUCUGAGGCCAGCAUCAUGGGCCAGUUUGACCACCCCAACAUCAUCAGACUGGAGGGCGUGGUCACCAAGAGUCGGCCAGUCAUGAUUAUCACAGAGUUUAUGGAGAAUGGGGCCCUGGACUCCUUCCUGAGGCAAAAUGACGGGCAGUUCACGGUGAUCCAGCUGGUAGGGAUGAUGCGUGGCAUCGGGGCGGGCAUGAAGUACCUGGCAGAGAUGAACUACGUCCACAGAGACCUGGCCGCCCGCAACAUCCUGGUCAACAGCAACCUGGUGUGUAAGGUGUCUGACUUUGGCCUGUCCCGUUACCUACAGGACGACACGUCAGACCCCAUCUAUACCAGCUCCCUGGGAGGGAAGAUCCCGGUGAGGUGGACAGCCCCUGAGGCUAUUGCCUACAGAAAGUUCACCUCAGCCAGUGACGUGUGGAGCUACGGCAUCGUCAUGUGGGAGGUGAUGUCAUUUGGCGAGCGGCCGUACUGGGACAUGAGCAACCAGGAUGUGAUCAAUGCCAUAGAGCAAGACUACCGUCUGCCCCCUCCCAUGGACUGCCCCACAGCACUACACCAGCUGAUGCUGGACUGCUGGCAGAAAGACAGAAACGCCCGGCCCAAAUUCACUGACAUCGUCAACACACUGGACAAGAUGAUCCGCAACCCUAUCAGCCUCAAAGCUGUGGCCACCAUCACUGCAGUGCCUUCUCAGCCCCUGCUAGACCGCUCCAUUCCAGACUUCACCACCUUCACCUCUGUGGAGGACUGGCUAGGUGCCAUCAAGAUGGGGCAGUACAGAGACACUUUCCUGGGCUCUGGCUUCACCUCCCUACCCCUGGUGGCUCAGAUCAGCUCAGAAGACCUGUUGAGGAUAGGAGUGACCCUGGCCGGCCAUCAGAAGAAGAUCCUGAGCAGUGUCCAGUCUAUGAGGGACCAGAUGGGCCAGUCCCCCAGCUCCAUGGCCUGACCACAGGGUGCGCCACCACCACCCAGAGACAACCCACCAGGGAGCCCAUAGGAAAGCUCCUGAUGACCCUAAAGAAUACACCAGGGUGGAGACACUAACCUGAUUUAAAGAACGACCAUGUGGCACAUACAUAACAGCAUGCACGCUCCCAAAACACACUCUCAACACCUAGGUAAAGAGAGUUUACUGAAGAUACAAAGGGGUAGAAGAUAAAAUUCUGCCUCAGGACAACUUCAAUUGUUCAGUUAAGGUAGUCUAUAAAGUUGUCUUCUUUUUUGCUGAAGAAAAGAGCAAGCAGAAGAGCAAGGGUGUCUGUUUGCUUGCUGUGACAGAUGGUCAUAAAAUGCUAAAAUAAAAUAUAUUUUUAAAAAACGGUGCUAAUUUAUGAGGAUCAAUGGGUUGACUUGGCCAAAGGACAACAUCAAACAGUGUCACCCAGAUUGGAAAAACAAACAAAAGGGUACAGAACCAGUCAAAGGUUUGGACACACCUACUCAUUCAAGGGUUUUUCUUUAUUUUUUACUAUUGUCUACAUUGUUGAAUAAUAGUGAAGACAUCAAAACUAUAAAAUAACACAUAUGGAAUCAUGUAGUAACCAAAAAAGUGUUAAACAAAUCAAAAUAUAUUUUUGAUUUUAGACUCUUCAAAGUAGACACCCUUUGCCUUGAUGACAGCUUUGCAAACGAUUGGCAUUCCUUCAACCAGCUUCAUGAGGUAGUCACCUGGAAUACAUUUCAAUGAACAGGUGUGCCUUGUUAAAAGUUCAUUUGUGGAAUUUCUUUCCUUCUUAAUGCGUCUAACCCAAUCAGUUGACGUGUGACAAGGUAUACAGAAGAUAGCCCUAUUUGGUAAAAGAUCAAGUACAUAUUAUGGCAAGAACAGCUCAAAUAAGCAAAGAGAAACCAUAGUCCAUUAUUACUUUAAGACAUAAGUCAGUCAAUCCGGAAAAUGUCAAGAAUUUUGAAUGUUUCUUCAAGUGCUGUCUCAAAAACCAUCAAGUGCUAUGAUGAAACUGGCUCUCAUGAGGACCGCCACAGGAAAGGAAGACCCAGAGUUACCUCUGCUGCAGAGGA